AUGGCAAUCAAAAGUGUGGGUGAUUUGGUGAAUUUGAAUACGGAUCUCAAAUGCGAUACUCCAAAUCAUGAACUCAUUGUAUACCCGAAAUUUUUGAUAUUCUAUUCGGAAAACGGCUACAAGAAGCCGUGCUACGUCAAAUUUUUCAUUGAAAAUCGCGACAAGUUUCCGGUGAUUUUUGCGAUUAAAGCGAGACAAAAGAUAUUUCGACUUGGUUCGGAUAGUCAUGGAAUUCUGAAAGCCGGCGAAAAACACACUUUCAAAUUAUAUUUAUUGCCUUGUGAUGAUUGGCCGCUGGGAAUCAAUGAUUAUGCUGGAAAACAAUUGAAAAUUGCGAUUGAGAAUUUGAGAAUUCCGACGUGUAUUCAACCGGAUAAUCGAGUUGAUAUUGUGGCGGUUUCGAAGUGGAUUUGGAAAAAAUCAAUGACUGAAUGGCCGCUUGAAAGAUUGUAUACAAAGGUGCAUUUUUAGGAAAGGCUGGGGAAAUUUCAAGUUUUUUGCUGAAAAAUUAUGAAAUUCCAUGAUAAAAUGUGAUUUUCAUGAAAUUUCACCUAAAAAUUGGAUUUUUCAUGAAAUUUCAGCUGAAAGUUGGACUUUUCGUGAAAUUUCACCUUAAACUUGGACUUUUCAUGAAAAUUUCGCUAAUUAUUCAAAUUUUUGCUCGAAAAUCGAUAGGAUUUCAAUAAAGUUUGAGAUUUACCAAAAUUUUCAAGAUUUAGAACAGUUUUUCAAUGAAAAAUCUAAAAUUUCAGAAGAAUUGAUGAAAUUUCAAGUUUUUCAAUGCAAAAUCUGAAAAUUUCAUGAUAAAAUGUGAUUUUCAUGAAAUUUAAGCUGAAAAUUGGACUUUUCAUGAAAAUUUCGUUAAUUAUUCCAAUUUUUGCUCGAAAAUCGAUAGGAUUUCAAUAAAGUUGGAGUUUUUGUUCUGAAAUUCACCACAAUUCAAUUUUCAGAGAAAUUUUCAGGUUCAAACUUCAAAAUUAGUUUUUCAGAUGUCGGUAAUUCUGGAAAAAUGCCAAACAAAUGACAGUAGUGUUCUAACACUUCCAAUUUCUGCAAGUCCUAGUUUGAUUAGUGAGGAAUCUGUGAAAACUUGA